GGCUACCCUGGCGUGGACGCCCUGCGGCCCGGCACAUACAGAGUUCCAGCAGCAGUGUGCUCGCGGAGGCGGGGCAGGCGCGCCGGAAUGGGGGUCACCGUGGACGUGCACGAGGUGUUCAAGUACCCCUUCGAGCAGGUGGUCGCCAGCUUCCUCCGAAAGUAUCCAAAUCCCAUGGAUAAAAAUGUCAUCUCUGUAAAAAUUGUGGAGGAAAAAAAAGAUGUGUCCACAGGGAUCAUCUAUAGAAAGAGGAUUGCAGUCUGUCAAAAUGUGGUUCCAGAAAUUUUAAGGAAGGUGAAUAUUUUAAAGAUACCUAAUGUCCAGUUAGAAGAGGAAUCAUGGUUCAAUCCUCAGGAAAGGAACAUGGCUAUAAGGAGUCAUUGCCUUACGUGGACACAAUAUGCAUCUAUGAAGGAAGAGUCUGUCUUCCGGGAAAGUAUAGAAAAUCCAAAUUGGACAGAGUUCAUUCAAACAGGCAGGAUUUCAAUCACAGGGGCUGGUUUUCUCAACUGCGUUUUGGAAACUUUUGCCAGCACAUUUUUAAGACAGGGUGCCCAGAAGGGAAUUAGAAUAAUGGAGAUGCUGUUAAAGGAACAGUGUGGUGCCCCCUUAGCUGAAUAAAGAAUCAUCAGGAAGCUGUGUUGUGUCUACUUUUGCUCGAGAAUCUUUUCUCGGACACAACACAUCCAAAGACACAGUUUUCGAAAUACAGGUAUAAGAAUGCGGUGUUGGCAGCUUACAGAAGAGGAAACCUUUCUGCUGGGAUAUGACAUGAUACACUCCCCCUGGGAGCCGACCUCAAAUAGCGGCUCUCGUGGAGCUGAGACCUUCUGGCUGAUUCUUAUGGCAUAAUCUCUACGGUUUUACAAAUAAAGGAAAAAUCCCAUAGAAGGUGAUGUCUGCCCUUCUUCAGGAUGUCCUGCUGAUUGCCUGGUGACGGUGUUGGGGCAGCCAAGGAUGGGCCAGAGGCAUGGAAAAUGCUGCUUUUGCCUGUUUGUUCUCUACAUCAUUGCUCAUAGGAUUCAUGAGAGGAUUCUGGGACGAAUAAAGGACUUAAGCCUGUUGCCUGAUUCUUAGGUGGCCUGGAACAGACAGGAAUAUACCAUACCUGUGUUGAAGUUAAGCCAUAUUCACAGUAAUGUUGAAGAUUCUCAGAAAGCAGGAGCAUUUGAUUUCUACCCCUCAGUACUACAUAACUGCCAUCAGCUAGCUUUUAUAAUAUAACACAUGAACUGUGAUUGGUCCUUAAAAGAACCUGGGGAGUGGGGAGACAGGCUAUCAUCUUGGCUCCUUCUAACUCAUUCUGGGAUGUGGAGCAGAUUAUCUGACCUCUCUUUUUCAUUGGGCAAAUGGGGAUAAUUGGGCACAGAUCUUUUUACUUGUGAUGAUUAAACAAGGUUGUUUGGUAUGAAAAGCACAGGUUUGGGAGUCAGACGGACUCCGGUUUGAAUCUGAGCAGGACCUCACUGCAGCUCGGUGAUUAUGUAUGUAAUUUAAAAUCUUUCUUAAAGACCUUUCCUAGAUUCAUUUUUUAGGUUUGUAAAAUGGGAUUAUAGAGUUAACCUUAUGAGGCUGUUGGAACAAUUGGAGAUCAUGUGAUUAAGUGCCUAGCGUGCUACUUGGUACACAGAAGUAAAUAGAAGCUAUUAUUAGUACAUGAAACCAUUUUGGAAAUAUACUUUUCUAAGUAAGGUAAUGUAGUAGUAUUGUUUGAAAAUUAGGUAAUGGUAGUUUGCAUUCCCCAUGAUCCGAAGCCAAAAUGUAAAUGCACACUACCUAAAAGAAAGCUUGAAGAGGGGCAGUAAUUUGGAAUUCAUUGUCUUAAGGUAAAACAAGUUGGGCCAAUACUGGAAAGUCUUGGGGAAAUUAUUAUUUUUUUAAUAUUUGAAAAAUUUUCCAUUUAGUGAAUUGAUGAAUUUCAAAGCAAUUGUUUUUUUUAAAUUUCAUUUUCUUAUUUUUAAAUUUUAAUACAAGCCUGCCACUGUGAGCUCCUCUUAUUGCAUUUGAGCUGUUUGUGCUGCCUGAGUUUUGUGUCUUAGGAUAAUUUCCCUUUAUUUCCUUAGUGUUUCAUUCUUCAGUUGUGUUGGAGGGAAAAUGAACGGUAGAAACCAGAACACACUUUGACCUUUUUCCAGUUUGUAAAUGGCAGUUGGUAGGCUUUUGGAAUAAGAGCACAUUUACACAAAUAAAAGGUGAUGUGAAUUAUCACAGAGGUGAGAGGUGAGAAAUCUGUACUUGGAGGUUGACGUUAGAAUAAAUGUAAUUCUAGGAGUUCCCUGGUGGCCUGAUGGUUAGGACCCCAAGCUUUCACUGCCAGGGUCCGGCUUCAAUCCCUGGUCGGGGAACUGAGAUCUCGCAAGCCUCCUGGCGCAGCCAAAAAAAAAAAAGAAUAAAUGUAACCCUUCAUACUCAACAACUUGCAUUCUGUGAAAGCAGGAGUUCUCAACCUUGACUGUCCAUUAGAACCACCUGGGAGCUUUCUGCACUCCUGCUGCCUACCUUACAUCUCGGACCAAUAAGUCAGAAUCUCUGGGGGUGGAACCCAGUCAGCAGUAUUUUUUAAAGCUCCCUAGGUGAUUCCAAUGGCCAGCAAACACGACAGUUCUGGGUGAUUUGCAGACAUUAUCUGAUUCCUUUCUUCACAUCUCCGAGGUAGGAAACGAAAGUACCUUUGUAGUAAGAAUUAUUGUUAGAGUGAAGCACAGAGAGGCUAAGUUUUUGCCUUAAUUCCUUGAAGCUGGCAUGGCCAGUGCAAAUGCCUGCAGGGGUCUGGCAGGUGAUCUGAUGCGUGCAGCAGGCUGGCGGCCACUGGGGAGACCCCAGGAGUACGUGGCUGUGGUGAAAGGUGGGCAGCUGCUGCCAGGCUCCGGCACAGUGUUGCCAAGUGCCUGGUUUUUCUAGUUCUUUCAGUUUCCAAUUUUCCAGGAAAAGAUAGUAUUAAAGAAAAA